AUGUUGUCAAAAUUGCAGGCGUAUUUGCAUGUGGACUAUAAGCCAGGCGAGAGACGUCUGGUCCAGAAGAUUGACUUUUUCAUCUUGACUUUUUGUUGUCUGAGUUAUUUCGUCAACUAUCUUGAUAGAAACAACAUCAACAAUGCCUACGUUUCUGGUAUGAAAGAGGACCUUGGGUUCGAGGGUGAUCAAUUGAACCAGAUCUUUACCUGUUUUACAGUCGGAUAUGUCAUAGGCCAGGUCCCUUCCAACCUCUCUCUGCAAUACAUCAAACCUCGCAUCUGGUUCCCUCUCAUGAUGGUUCUCUGGGGCGGUCUCACAAUGGUCACCGCCUCUGUCCAGAGCCCCAAGUCCAUCAUGGCCAUUCGCUUCUUCCAGGGCAUCUGUGAAGCAUCUACUUUUGUCGGCACGCACUACAUCCUCGGAUCAUGGUACACGGAGCGGGAGCUGGGCAAGAGAAGUGGAAUCUUUACAGCUUCUGGCUUGGCUGGUACCAUGAUUGGAGGUUUCAUCCAAACUGGUAUUCACUCGAGCAUGGAUGGCAACCAUGGACUGAGCGGUUGGAGGUGGCUGUUUAUCAUUGAUGGUCUCAUCACUAUUCCCGUUGCCAUCUAUGGCUACUUCUUGUUUCCUGACACGCCGCACACAACUACCGCCUUUUACCUUUCCGAAGAAGAGCGAGCUCUCGCCAUCUCUAGAGUUCCCCCAGCUGAAGAACGUCCCCGUCUCACCUUUGGCUACGGAAAGAUGGUUCUCACCUCGUGGUUCUGGUGGGGAUUCGUUAUCCUUUGGAUCAUUGCUGGCGAGACCGAGUCCUUCAGUACUAAUGCGCUCUUCGCCUUAUUCCUCCAAAACCACCCGACCAACGAAUACACCGUCGCGCAGAAGAACAAUUACCCCAGCGGCGUUCCCGCAAUCGGCAUCGUGUCUACCCUGUUCUGGGCAACAUUGACGGACUUCCUGUCUGGAAAGCGAUAUCUUGUCGGAUACUUCAUCGGCAUCACAGGCAUUGCCACGUCCAUCAUGGUACUUGUCGCUUCUAGAGACCCGACGAACCCUGCGUCGACUACUGUUGUGUUUGCAGCUUAUUACUGGGCUGGAUCCGUUUACGCGUGCCAGGCUACUUUCUUUGCUUGGUGCAACGAUGUCAUGCGACAUGAGUCAGCCAUGUUCCGUGGUAUCGUCCUUGCUGGAAUGAACACAGGCAGUAAUGUCAUUAAUGCCUGGUGGAGUAUAGUCUUUUACGGUGCUUCGAUGGCGCCCUGGUUUAUCCGAGGAAUGUGGGCAAUGAUUGCUUGUAGUAUCGCCAUGGCUAUAUGGUGUGCUGCUUUGACUUGGAGGACUCACAAGUAUUUGAAAGAUGCGACUAUUGCUUGUGAAAGACAAAGCUUGGAGCAUGAGAAGCAUGAGGUGGGAAAGGAGGCAGCUUGA